CCGACCCGUGUUGGCCGUCGUCAUUUAUUCCGUGACCGUCCGCUUAUUUUCCGUCUUUCAGCGCCAUGGCUUGACCCACAAACAUCUCCCGCACGAAUUGGCAGAUACCCCGGCAUGUCAGUCAACUUGCUCGGUCACCGCGCUGUUACUUCUCGUUGUGCGACCGUCGGAGCAUCGCCAUGGCGUCCUCCAAUUACAGCGGCGCCCAAGACAGCGCCGCAGAGAAAGAACGGUUGUUCGCAUCUGUGACCAGCUAUGGGUCUCAGGAUCUUGGUGGCGGAAACUCCCGUCCGACUGUUCUGGUGGGCUCUGAGCUCCGACAGCCGCAGCAAGAGGAGGAGGAGGAGGAGGCGCUGAGGAGGAAGCUGAAGUACUUUUUCAUGAGCCCCUGCGAUAAAUACCAUGCCAAGGGCCGCAAGCCUUUCAAACUGGGCCUGCAGCUGCUCAAAAUCAUCAUUGUCACCGUGCAGUUGGUGCUUUUCGGGCUGAGCAACCAGAUGGUCGUGACGUUCAAAGAGGAGAACACCGCAUCAUUUAAGCAUUUGUUCCUGAAAGGCUACCAGGAUGAUACGCCACAGGCCAUCCACACACGGAGUGAACUCUACAGCCACAUCUAUUAUGCCACAGAACGGUAUUUGGCCUUACCGCAGAUCUCGUUGGGACGGUAUGCAUAUGUGUUAGGGGUCGGAGUCAAUGGAAGUGCGCUUUCUCUCUGCCAGAGGUACUACAAAAAGGGCAGCAUCGAUCCUGUCAAUGACACGUUUAACAUCGACCCCCAUGUUGUCACCGAUUGCGUUGGAUUGAACCCACUUUCUUACGGUUCCUCUUUUGGAAAUGAUGACUACCAGAACUUCACCCUCAAGUUUCAGAAACUGAUCAAUGUAACCAUUGACUUCCAGUUGAAGGCGAUCAAUAUUCAAACAAUAAUUAACAACGAGAUCCCUGAUUGCUAUACCUUCGCCAUCACGAUCAUCAUGGAUAACAGGGCCCACAGCGGCCGAGUUAAGAUCAGCCUCCUGAAUCAAGCCUCCAUCAAGGAGUGUAAAGACCCCAACGUGUCCGGACACGCGGAGAGCUACGCACGGGAGUUCUUCGAUGUGCUGGUUGCAUUCGUCUGCCUGCUGUCCCUGCUGCUGUGUGGCCGCUCCAUCCUCAGAGGAGUCCUCCUGCAACACGAGUACGUGCAGUUCUUCAAGCUCAGGCUGAGGCGCUGUGUGAGCUGGGGGGACAGGAUGGAGUUCAUCAACGGCUGGUACAUCCUGCUCAUUAUCAGCGACGUCUUCACCAUCAUCGGCAGCUUCAUCAAAAUCGGCAUCGAGUCCAAGAAUUUGUCAUCAUAUGACGUGUGUGGGAUCCUGUUGGGAACCUCCACUCUGCUGGUGUGGGUGGGAGUCAUCCGUUACUUCAGCUUCUUCCAGAAAUACAACAUCCUGAUCGUGACUUUAAGAGCUGCCUUUCCAAAUGUCAUCCGCUUCUGCUGCUGUGCGGCAGCCAUUUAUAUGGGAUACUGCUUCUGUGGAUGGAUUGUACUGGGGCCCUAUCAUGCCAAGUUUCGAACCCUGUCCAUGGUGUCCGAAUGCCUGUUCUCUCUGAUCAACGGGGACGACAUGUUUAUAACCUUCGCCGAGAUGGAGCACAGCAGCACCCUGGUUUGGGUCUUCAGCCAGGUCUACCUUUACACCUUCAUCUCGCUCUUCAUUUACAUGGUGCUGUCGCUCUUCAUCGCACUCAUCACCGGAGCCUAUGACACUAUUAUGGCCCAAACACAGGAGCAAGUUCGCACCACAGACCUGCACGCGUUCAUUGCGGAGUGCACAGACACACCCAGCUCUGGGAAGUUUCGUGGGCCGGACGGUUCCUCCUGCUCCUUCUUCUGCUGCUGUGACUAGGACGAAGGAGCAAGGAGCAUCCUACAGAUGCAGAGAGAUGCCCAAGUGGAAUGAUGAUGCUUGAGGGAUGCACGGAAUGACCUUGGACCACACUGUCCUCCGUUGCCUAGGUUACAGUUUUGCAUUUUAAUUUUCGCUGGAAUGAUGGAGCGAACUGUGCUGUUUCAAGCCCCAUUACCUGCUUCAGCUUUCGUAUGAAUAAUUUAUUGACUUCUUCUGAAAUGCCACUUUUGUCAGGAUUUUGACAGUUACGCUUGUGAAUCUGCCGCACACUGUGCUAACCACUUCUCUUCUGUUGCGCUGAACACAAAAUCCAAUAGCUGUUUCUGUGUAAAAAGGAUUAGCAGUUUAAGUUGAAUGUUCCACUGUGUACAGAAUUUAGGUUUUGUGGUUUUUUUUAAAAAUUAAUUUAACUCUUAUCUGAAAUGAUAUUUGGGUUUUGUGCCUCUUGGGUAUGUGCUCUGAAUCGCCAUGCCACUAAGAGUCAAGACAAACAACGAGGCACACCAAACCAGCAAAAGCAAAUUGACCGUAAACUAAAGCGUAUUGAUUAGCUUCGGCAGCAUUUCUCAGUGAAAGCCAGUCCUCCAUUUUCAUUCCCACUCAACUCUUCAUCCCUUUGUUCUUCUUCCUCCGCUGGGGGGGAUGAGAUGAUGGCUGUAUGUGGACGGACAGGCCCUCCGGUCGUACUGUUGGUCAUCAAUAUGUAUGAGCCGUUUCGCCCGUGAAGAACCAGGUGACCCCUGCACUGCGAGACGAAGCCUUCGCUGCGGGUGUCGAAGUGCGCCGUGCAGAGUCACAGGUGCCUCCUGGGGAAAAUCAAAAUUUUAGCAACAUCAGAUGUUGUUUUUUUUUAUGUCGACAGGGAGCCCAUGAAUAAUUUUGCGGGGCGCGAUGUGCAGGACUUGAUUGGCAGCUUUGACAUUUGUGUCUGGAUUUUUUAUAUGGGACACCGGCACUGUCAACACAGGGACAUGAAAGUCAUGCGUGAAGGGUAGCCUCUUGUUCUUUUAUUUUAAUCUGUUUCCGAACAAAAAUGUCUCCCCAAACCAACGCGGGGUCCACUUCUUUAUUCUCUACGUGGAAGGGACUGAACCUUCACUUUUCAUCGAUUGUUUUUAAUUUUUUUUUACCGUUUUUAGCCUUAUUUGUGUUUACCUUUAUCGCAUAGAACAGUGGCGAUGGAGAAAGGGACCUUUGCCGCAUGGGAGCGAGCCUGCAAGCAAAGGUCCCUUUGUUGCAUCCAAAUCCAGGAUUUUAUGGUCAGACUUGAAUCCACAUGUCACACGCUUAUCUGGUCGAGCUUCUAGGAUGGCACUUCUCACUCAUUUGUAAUAAGCGGCACUACCGAAAUGCCAAUCUCCUCCCGAUGGGAUAUGAAGGCUUCCGUUUUAAGGGAAAAGAGACGUUUCACUGCUCAAGAUUUGCAUGAGGACUGACCGGUGCCAACGGAAGUGAGACGUCUACUCUGAUUUACUUGAAUUGGUUUACGUCGUUUAUCGUCAUAACGGGCAGGGCAAAUUUAUGCGUUUUUUUUUUUUAAAACGAUUGUUAAUUUUACUCAAAUGCACUUAACGAAGAUUGAAGUGAGGGAUGCACAGCUCCAAGUGAUGCUCACACAGGAGUCGUAUAGCACAAUGGAGUGGAGUAAUAAUGUGUUGUCGACCCACCUGUUACUGUUCUCUUGACACUACUCAUGAGGUUUAUUCAAUGCUGCUUUGAUUUGAGUUGUCUCUUCCUGCUCAUUUCAUCCUUGUUUACUCCGGUGAUUAUUUAAUGUAGAUGCAAUGUCCAAUAUCUUACCUCACUGUGCAGAGCCUGCAAAGGAUAGCGUCAGUGGGGUUUGUUCGUUUCCACCGAGGUGGUGUUUGUACAGGUUUUUACUCUUAUGUGUACCAGUGCACCAAAUGACUUCUGUGAAAAUGUGGUCUUCUUAAUGCUUGCACUGCUCGGCACAUUAAACAUUAAAGACACAAAAAG